AUGGCGCAUACUCCCGAAACUGCCCAAGCAGCCACAUCAACCGUCUUUGAACAAUCCUGGACCACUGUCGACUCGAAGCCUACCAUCACCACAAAGUCGUACGUCCGAACCAGAGGCAAGAAUGCAGAUAUUUUGAUAUCUUCUGAUGGCAUCAUUCGCACUCAAGUCCAACGCCACGAGACUGUCACUGGCCUUGGAAAGGUCAUUCGCAGACACACCUUUCCAUUCGAUCCGAAGUACUAUUGUCUUACCGAUCAGAUCAAUCGCAAGCUGGAAGGUAGCGAGCGCAAAGACCUCCUAGCUUGCAGCUGGGUACAGAUCGAAGUUGAGUUUUCUGACAUCAAUGGCAACAACGUCGAAUCAGUUCUGAAGCACCUUUCAAAACUCCGUGCGCACUUCUUCUCAGAGACCCGACAUCUGAAAGUCAAGCUUGGUCUCCGACACUUGAGCGCAUCUAGUAUCAGCAAGACCACCGGGUUUAGCGAUAUCGAAACCUUCAGGAAGUCGGAUUUCUUGCAUCUCCUUGAGCAGCUGGCCGAUCGCCUCCUCGCCUUUACGGACCUUGAACACCUGCACGUCAUCGUUGAAGUGCCAUCCUCUAUAUCAGAGUCCGAGCUCUAUGUACAGAUAUUCGUGGCGCUUCCGUUCUACCGCUUGCAAUGCUCAAAGCGAGAGAUCAAGCUUUGCACACCCUCGACAAUCCCGGAAAAUUUGUCUAAGAAAUAUUUUACAUUUUUAACAAGACAAAUCAAACCUUGAUGAAUAGCAUGAGGGCAAAGGGCAGGGAGGAACAGAGACAAGUACGGAAGCAGCAGAAGCUUGAUGAUGCUCCGCUUGAGUACACAAUUGUGUACAAGCAGGCCAAGAAGCCUCGUAAUAAGUGAGAAAAUGCGGGAUUCCUGCUCGGAGACAUACUUGGGAAGGGCUCAGUGGCAAGGGAUCUUCUUCAAAUUGAGGUUGGCUGCUAGAGAGGAUUCAUUCUGUCGAGGAGUCUG